UCUUGAGAUCAGUCUUCCCGGCUGCCGCAGCCAUGAAGGUCGAGCUGUGCAGUUUCAGUGGGUACAAGAUUUACCCUGGACAUGGGAGGCGCUACGCCAGGACCGACGGGAAGGUUUUCCAGUUUCUUAAUGCAAAAUGCGAGUCGGCAUUCCUUUCCAAGAGGAAUCCUCGGCAGAUAAAUUGGACUGUCCUCUACAAAAAGCACAAAAAGGGACAGUCGGAAGAAAUUCAAAAGAAAAGAACCCGCCGUGCAGUCAAAUUCCAGAGGGCCAUCACUGGUGCAUCUCUUGCUGAUAUAAUGGCCAAGAGGAAUCAGAAACCUGAAGUUAGGAAGGCUCAACGAGAACAAGCCAUCAGGGCUGCCAAGGAAGCAAAAAAGGCUAAGCAAGCAUCUAAAAAGACAGCAAUGGCUGCUGCUAAGGCUCCUACGAAGGCAGCACCUAAGCAAAAGAUUGUGAAGCCUGUGAAGGUUUCUGCACCCCGAGUUGGUGGAAAACGCUAAGUUCGCAGAUCAGAUUUUAAAUAAAUAUCUGACUAUAACUAGA